GUAGCCCUGGAGGACUGCGGGAUCCCAAGAAAUCCCAAGGUUUCGUGAUCCUGGAUGAACGUCCCGCGCCUGGCCGUCUUUCUUUCGAGGUCCUUCAUCCGUGACCCACAUCCAUCCAUCCCACACACAUCUAUCUAUCCGUGUCACCUAACCUGUCUGCGCACCUCACCACACUGCCCGAAUUCAGCCCUUUCACGUCCACGUCCUCUCCGUUCUCGCGCAUCACGGCAUCGCUGGCGAUACUUGGGCCUCGAAGUGCUGUUCUUGCCCACCGUCCUGGAAGAGCCUCUGGUGUCGAGCUUCCUUCCGAGACCAUAUCAGCGAAACAGCAGCCGACCGGGCAUUCACCUUCGACAGCGCACUCCGCCUGACCCGCCGCACGCGCGACGCCGCUUCUCUGCGUCACGGUUCAAGACGUCACAGCUUGCGCCUCUCGAGACAUCUCCGUCACGAUGUUGACCCGAUCAAUACUCCUCAUCGCCGCUGCGGCCGCCGAACUUGCGACCGCUCACACCGUCAUCACAUACCCGCUAUGGAGAGGCAACAACCUCAUCUCCAGUGGCUCUACUCCACCGUCGAUGAGUCCGACUUCAGUAGGAGUUGACUUUAACAAUGUUAAUGGGACCAUACAACCGACAUUCCCUUGGGGCAUGCAAUACACAUUUCCUUGCGGAGGACUCCCUCUGACUUCCAAUCGCACAAACUGGCCGGUCGGUGGUGGAGCCAUCUCCAUCGCCCCCGGUAUGGCACCUGGCUUCAAGAACUCCUUCAUCUACAUCAACAUUGCCAAGAUCGAGGGCAACGAGCUGGCGCCCGGCAAUUUCUCUCGCCUCGCGAUUCCCCCGUUGGCCAUCACCGGAAAAGAUGACUUCAACCCGUACCCGGGUCAGUUCUGUUUGCCUCAAGUGCCAAUGCCGGCCGGAGUGCAGUUCAAUAUCGGCGACCGUGCCACCAUUCAGGUCGUGCAGGUCGCGGCAAACGGCGCCGCUGUGUACAGCUGCGCGGAUGUCACCCUCUUCGCCAACGGCAGCCCCAACAUUACCACCAUCACCCCGCAGAACUGCUACAACAGCACCGACCUUGCCAUCUCGGGCAUCUUUACUACAACAUCACUCUCGUGAGCCAUUAAAUCAGCUCUCGAUUCUCAACGGCCAUGCGGCGAAAUGUUGGAUUCAAGAGGGGAUCAAGGUCUUGGAUAUCAAGACUUGCUCCAGCCAAGGCAACCGUCGUAUUCCUACAAUGGACACGGUCAUGAUCGAAUCUUCCUGCGCUCCCACCGCCGCUGCCGCCACUACCUUAUUUCCCAUUUUAUUCUUUUCAACCCGACAUUUUUUUACGACAGCUUAGGAACGCCGACAAGGUGAAGCGGAUAGUUUUUUUUGGAGAGGACGUGAAGGAUGAUUACCCAUGAAACUCGAAUGUAUUCCCUCAAGCGCAUUCUUUUCUGUAUAUGCAACCAUAGAUUGCGAUUUUCCGUAUCUUAUCUCGGGGAGGAGACUUGGUUUCAAUCGAACUGUCCAAUUUCCCAAAAGCUUU